AUCUGCUCAUGCGCAAUGCGAGAAUGCUAAAGACGAUCAAGUUUGUUCUCAUUUUUCAACUCAGGUGGAUUCUACCUACCCACUAUCACGGUCGGUAUUGUAGCUGAAAGAGUUCCUGACCGAACACACUAAGCAGCGCCGUGGGCAGGUUAACAGCUACCCCAAAGAUUCUUCCAUGGCAAUCACUCCUCCGACAAUCUCAUCUGCGACCGCGAGAAUGCCCCAAGCCAGGCGUGAUAGCCUUAGCCAGGCUGUUCCUUCCACCUCUUACUCAGUUCGCGUGUAGGAUGUUUUCCACGCCUUCCAUUCGCGACCUACUCUGUGUGCAGCCGCUCUUUCCUUUAUAGACUGCAGCCGUAGCUCCCGUGGUCCAUUGUAGGACAAACAUCAUCUCUCAAUCUGUCACCCUUCGAUAUCACACGAACUUUGACAAAAUGUCUUCAAACGCCAUCGCUUCAUCCCUCCCCGCCGCCGCCGUCUCCGAUGCCGUCUCCGCCGCCUUCGGGGUCCUCGACAUCUCGCCAUCGGCCAUGACUGGCGCCUUCAUCCUUGCCUGCGUCGUUGGAUUCUGGGUCUGGAUCAUUGUGGUUUCCAUUCUAUGCCUCCGCCACUCGUGUGUAUAUCGUGCUAAGGAGGAUGCUUAUUUGAAUCUGAUGUAUGUGAAUUCUGAAGCCACCCACCGGCGUUUUACAUACGGCCCUAUACUCCCACCAGCAGUGCAGACGCCUGGAUGGCCCGACAAGGGCCCGACCCCAAGCCUUCCAAUGCGGUCGCCCCUCUCACCCCGGUCCGCUCGCUUUCCCCGGUACACCCUGUGGACUGGGUGACCCCAGGCUCCCAGUCCUCGGACGGGAGCCCAUGAAUCACCUUUCUGUCUCUGUUUCGGUCUCAGUCUUUCUGCGGUGAGUGUGUGGGUGUGUGUGGUUGUGUGUUUGGGUGGGGGGCAAAGGGCGGAAGAUGAUUCCGGGUUACCUGAUGACAGAUUAGCUACGAGCUUGCCAUUGCCC